AUGGAGCACUCGCACGGCGCCUCACGGCCGUCCGCCGCCAAUGUCGACGCCACCCAGCUGGCCACCGAACUGACAGAGCGCUUCCGCCAGGUCCUCAGCACAAAGCGCCUAAACGAUCUCUCUUCGCGAUCCGUACAGUCACGAUCAGCAUCGCCCGCACCGCGAGACUUUGGUACGCCGCAGCCGCCGCCCGUGCAAAACGCUCCCCCGUCCUAUUCGUCACUCCGAAACAUACCCCUCGUACCGGAACCGCCGCAGGACGCCCGCUCGCUCCGCUUCAAGAACAUGCUUCACUCGCUCUCCAACAUGCCAUUACGGUGGGAGAACCCUGGUCUUCUCGACGAAGCCCUGCGGGUAGUACCGUUGGAGCAAAUCUAUAGUGAAGCCGAAGAAGAGAGCCAGAUUCUCCAGGCCGAAGCCGAGAGCCUCGGCGCUGGAAAGAAGGCUGCCUGGGGCUACCAAGACUGUGUCGUUAGAGCGCUCAUGCGCUGGUUCAAACGCUCCUUUUUCUCCUGGGUGAACAACCCGCCAUGUGGCCGCUGUUACUCGCCGACAAUUGGCGUCGGUAUGGCCGCACCGCUCCCGGACGAGCAGGCGCGCGGCGCCAACCAAGUCGAGCUAUACAAGUGUUCACUAGACCACUGCGGUACUUACGAGCGAUACCCGCGAUACAAUGACGCCUUUGUGCUCCUCCAGACCCGCCGAGGUCGAUGUGGCGAAUGGGCCAACUGCUUCAGCAUGCUCUGCCGAGCCGUCGGAUCACGAGUCAGAUGGGUUUGGAACGCUGAGGACCAGGUUUGGACCGAAGUCUACUCAGUUCACCGCAAGCGAUGGGUACAUGUAGACGUCUGUGAGGAGGCUUGGGAUAAGCCUCUCUUGUACACUCAAGGAUGGGGCAAGAAGCUUUCAUACUGCAUUGCCUUCUCCGCAGAUGGCGCCAUGGACGUCACGCGAAGAUACGUGCGAGACCCUACCAAGUACAGCGCUGAACGUAGCCGCGCACCCGAGGCAGUCCUCCACCACAUCAUGACGGAGAUUCGCAACAUGCGACGAAACAACAUGGGCAAGCAAGAGAAGUUCCGCCUCGAAGGUGAAGACAUGCGUGAAGACCGUGAGCUGCGCACCUACGUUAUCACCUCGAUCGCACAAUCAGUCAGCAAGAUCAACGCCGACGACAUCAUUAACGGACGGCUUUCUGCACGAGCAGACCCGGACGCACAGAAGGCACUCGAAGGCCGAACGAACGGCAAUGCCCAGUGGAUCCGUUCAAGAGGAGAACAGGGCCGUGGUACCCCGGGUCAGGAUCCUCACAACCAGCACCCACGAUGA